AUGGAGCUACAGCAACACAUAUGUAUCAUCGGUGCAGGACCCGCAGGGUUUGCCCUCGCCGCAGACCUCAUCAGCCAGGGGAAGCAGGUGCUGGUAUAUUCGCAUCCAACCCAUAUGCGGCAGGCCAGCGCAGUGAUUAGGAAUGGUGGACUUGAGAUCAGCGGAGCCAUGCAGGGCUUUGUACGGAUCCCAAUAACGACGAACAUGGCCGAAGCCCUUGCAUUCUCACAAGUUGCCUUCCUGACCGUGCCGUCGACCGGCCAGGAGACGAUCCUACAGGAGAUGGAACGGUACGACCUGCGCCACCACACCCUCAUCGCCAUCCCCGGCAACCUCCUAUCUCUUGUCAAAAACGCCAGCAUGGAAGUCGGCAACAUCCUGGAGACCAAUCUGUCGCCGUACUCGUGCCGGAUGGACGGGGGGCGCCUGCAUGUGCUGGGCCGCAAGAAGCGCGUCAUGAUCGCGGCGCUGCACAACAACCACGAGCAGGGGGCGGCGGCGGCGGCGGCGACGACGCAGUUCCGCGACGCGGUGCAGGACCUGUUCCCGGCGGGCGUGGCGCUGCAGUGGUGCCACAACGUGGUGGAGGCGUGCCUGGCCAACAUCAACGGCGUGUUCCACCCCAUCAUGAUGCUGAUGAACGCGGGCCGCAUCGAGAGCACGGGCGGCGACUUUCUGCUGUACCGCGACGGCCUGACGCCGGCGGUGGCGCGCACCAUGCUGGCCAUCGACGGCGUGCGCGUCGCCAUCGGCAAGGCGCUGAGCCUGCUCGUCCCCUCCACGCUCGACGUGUCCAACGCCUGCUACGAGCAGGACUUUGCCACGCUGGUCACCCUCGCCGAGCACUCGCCGCCCCACAACCGCCUGCGUGCCCCGGCCGAGUUUGCCGCCCAUCGCAACAUCUCGGAGGACGUGCCGGAUCUGCUGGUGCCGUGGUGCGCGCUGGCCGAGGCCCUGGGCAUCGACGCCUCGCCCAUCGCGGCCGUCAUUCUCUUGGCUGAGAUGUCGACGGGCGUGAAUUUCAUGGAGACGGGGAGGAAUUUGAAAAAGUUGAAGCUGGAUACUUUGACGCGGGGUGAGCUCGUUGCAAAGUUUAGUCCGCCUCUUGCGCGGUACGAAAGCCGGCUGUGA